AUGGAUGAAGAUGCUACCGGACCAUCUGGUUGGUCCGAAGAGCCCAUCUCCCCCGUAUCAACUCGGCAACGAGCCGGGGUGUCUGUAAUGACAGGGCCCGGCCGCAAGAAAGGCACUGCAUGUGCCCGUUGCCGCAGUCAAAAAAUCCGAUGCGACGAUGAAAGGCCGUCUUGCACCAACUGUGCUCGUUCGGGCCAUCCAUGCGUCAGGGCAAACUUUGCUAAUAAUCCCGAUGCUGUCAAUCAUGUUACCAAAUUGGAGGCGCGUCUGCGUUCACUCGAGGACUCGCUUCGUCGGGUAGCACCCGACGAGUUGGAAAAAGCUCCGGAAGUGGAAUCACGCACAACGAUAGCACCAUCCAUCACAGUCUCUACAGCCCCCGAACCCAUGUACGAUCCCGACCCAGUCAUCGAAUCAGCCCAACCAUGGCCCAUGCAGCAACCAUUGCCUACGCCUGUCGAUCAUCCUAGCCAUCUUGAACAUGAAGUUUAUGAUGGACAUGAGCUGGUUGUAAAUACAGAGGAUGUUCCAGGUCUGGACACCGGCCAAAACCAUACUACUUUGGAGGGUGCUAGCCAUGAAACCCAAGAUGUUGAGGCAGAGAAUGUCCCAACAGUUCGGUCAUCUACGACAGAGAACACAACAUCCUUAAGCCCAUCUGCCUCAACGGAGAUUGGCCCAAGCGAGCCAUUAGCUCACGAAGUUGGAAUGUUGUCGUUGGCUAACUCAAAGGAGUCCAAAUAUCUGGGUCCUUCCUCAGGAGUUCCUUUUGCACGACUUAUAUUUUCCGCAAUACCACAAUCUCAAGGGCUGUCGGUUAAUUGGGCAGCUCCUGAAGGAGGUACGGUGGCGCGAAAAGCUUCACCAGCCCAUCAUCCUUUCCCUCCACAUUGGACAUCGGAGGUUGAUCUUCAACAUUUCGCGGAUGCUUACUUUCAGACGCUUCACCCGCUGUACCCAUUUCUCGACGAAGACAGUAUCUUAGAGAACCUCGAGUAUCUUUAUACGACAAAGAAGGCUGGAUCUAUGCAAAUGCCUCCCUUGGAAGAGGUAGAAGCAUCGCUAUCUCCUUUCCAUUCAGUGCAAGUAUUUCUUGUUCUAGCUCUAGGGGCGCGAAUUCUUGAAUCGCGGUUAUCAGUCGAGUUCUCUUCCGAACGUUAUCUUGCAACAGCCAUGCAACGUAUUGGAACUCUUGCAUUGCAUGACAGCAUUGAAGGCCUUCAGGUAAUGCUUCUCUUGGCACUGACAAGUUUCUACUUUGAAGAUGGGCCUAAUGCUUGGUUUCUGGUCAUGAAUAUCAUUGCUAGCUGUCUUGAUCUUGGAUUUCAGCGUCGUGGGGUAGAUAAUCAUCGCGUUUCUCCACUUGCCAAAGCCGGAAACUCUCAUCUUCGCAUCAACCUUAGAAGGGGAAUAUUCUGGUCAGCCUAUUCGUUAGAAAGAAGUCUUGCUGUUGUUCUUGGGAGACCACUGACUCUUCGAGACGAAGCUAUCGAUAUAGAGUUUCCUGGUUGUGCUGGUCGCUCUGGAGAACGUGCUGAAGACUUGUCUGGAAGUCAUGCCUUAACACCCGAAAGCGCUCGCUCUCCAUAUAACCCAACAAAACGAGCGCGAGUCAUGGUUAACCCGUAUGCUGCGGCACAGUAUUCAUUCAAGUUUGACCAGAUCACAGCAGAGAUCAAGCUUAUGAUCUACAGAGUCGUCAACCUGCCUAAUCGGUUCCCUUGGCCAACAGACUUCGAAACCUGGCAGCCAGAUGUCCAAAAACGCUGUGACGCCUUACUUGAGGGACUCAGAGCCGAAUUUCGGCGGGGAUUCCGACGCAGCACUUCAGAUGGCGUUAUCCAGAGUCUUGAGCUCAAAUACCACCAUUGUAUCAUGUUGCUUUAUCGCCCGUCGCCAGCAAUAACCAGACCCAGCUUUAAUUCAUGGAAAAUCUGCUACGAGAGUGCUGUCGCAACAAUUCUCAUCAACUCGGAACUACACCGAUUUUUCAAGUUAUCAAAUAGUUGGUUGACUGCGCAUACAGUAUUUGUCAGCGGUAUUACGUUUCUCUACUGCCUCUGGGUUGUACCCAAGAUCAAGCAAGACACUUCUCUUGCAGCUUUUAACAGCAAUGCUGGCGCAUGCGUCAAGCUUCUUAAAUAUCUUGCAAAGACUUGGAGUGUAGCUGCAGAUGCCGUGGUCAAGUUAGAAAGACUAGUUCAUUUAACAUCCGAAUCUUGGAAGUCAACAACCAACCGACCACCCAGUGCAGAGGUUGCGGCUGGGCAUUCUCUACUAUCUAUGGCUCAGGGCCAGGAAGUGGAUGGGAAUGAGGUUGUGGCUGCUCCAGUAACGGAUAUGGGGCUCUACACCAUUUCUGACGACAAUGCCGGUAUUGGAGGGGAGUUCGAGGCUGAUUCGUUCUUCAAUGAGUUGGGUGACAUGAGUUCAUGGUUUGAUCUUAACUGGCUCUUGGAUGCGAGUGCUGGACUAAGUUCUUCAGAAGAUCCGGGGUCCAUCAUGUUUUGA